AUGGAAGAGCUCAAAGAUGCACCCCUCCUCUCGAAGCGCUCUAUGGAGACAUUCUAUGGAUACUACAGCCCGCCAGAUCCAUCCAGCCCAGAGGUGUCCCCUCUUCUCAACCACAACUUCAAAGGGUUGGCGCCGGCCUAUCUCCAAGUCGCGGGCAUGGAUCCGCUGAGGGAUGAAGGAUUGGCCUACGCCGCCAAACUCAAAGAUGCAGGUGUGCCGACAAAGGUCGACAUCUACCCCGGCUUGCCCCACGCUUUUGGCUAUUUCCCGGAGCUGUCGGCAACACCCAAGUUUUCUAUCGAUGUCAUCACGGCCAUCGUUCAAUUGAUCGAGGGGAAUCUGUGA